UGCUCAGCCAGAGCUUUCAGUCUGCUGGGUGAGAUCAUUACCAGACACCAGGCUCCCGGACCUGACAUUCACCGAUCGGAAAAGCAGAGAGAGAGACACAGAGAGAGUGAGUGAGUGAAAGAGAGAGGGCGAGAGAACCCUGAUCCGAAGCAACCGGCGAGGGAAAGCGAUCUAAACCACCGUAGCCUGCCUCGGCUCCCCAGUCUCCUGUGCUGACGGCUGAAAGCGCGGUCUUGCCGCUGAUAUUUUCCCGCUGGAUUUGGGCUUGUAGUCGGAUGCGGGCUUGUUUUGACUGCAGUAACAGUCCUACUCCCCCCCUCCUCCCUUACCAACCGAGUAGCGGAUUUGCUAGGGAUCUCAGCGCGGUGCAGAUCCCCGAGUGAACCAGCGAUCCUGCAAGGCAUCGGAGACGCACUCUCCACCACACGAGUCAAUCCGCAAGAGCUUCUAAAGAUCUUAUUUCUGUGAGGAAUUGGACAGAAGCGCCAAGUUUCCGAUUGGAUUUUUUCCCUGUGCGGCCACCUUGCUUCUGUCAUCAGAUCGGCUGCAAAUCCUAUUUUCGCUUUUUUUUCUCCUUUCCAAAGCACCGUUGACGCCAUUUUCCUCGGGGUUUUCUGUCACAAAAUAUAUACAUACAUUCUGGCACCGCUUGACAGCUCCCCGGGAGGCUGUCAUCCCAUCCGUCGCUUGUGUAAAGUGUGUCUAAAUGGAUUGUAAAUGAUCUUGAUAAAAUAUUUACACGUUCGAGCCGAGUGUGUGACAACAUUAGACAUGGACUGUCCCUGGCUUCGCUGUGUUCCUGUGGGGCAAUCAACCCAACCCCAGUAGCUGAUUGACAACAGCCAACCAGCCUGACAGACUACUGUUCUCUAUCUUCCUAUUGGCUGGCCACAGCUUCCCCCAUCCUGACUGGCUCUGGCGGGAGCGUGGAUGGAGCCAAGGGAUCUGGUUGGCUUGGCCCGACCCAAAGAGGCGGAGUUACAGGGAGGCAGGGUGGGGCCAAAUGAAGAGCACCAGCAAGGAGCAGGGGGCAUCGGUUUGGCGCACGGUGAUGAUGUGAUUAACGGUGCCAUCAGCGAAGGGGAGGGUCUAGAGGAGCAGGGGGAGGGGCUUCUGGAGGAGCAGGAGUUUUCCAUCAAGGAAGCGAGUUUCCAGGAAGGAAGUCUAAAGCUGAAGAUCCAGACCACCAAGCGCACCAAGAAGCCCCCCAAGAACCUUGAGAACUACAUUUGCCCACCAGAGAUCAGGAUGACCAUCAGACCGCCAGUUGGAGAGGGUAAAGGGGGGCGGCAGGGACGAACAGGAGGCGGCACAGGAGCAGGGCGAGGCCAGAAAGACGAAGAACGCGGACCCCCCAGAAAAAGGACAUACGAGCGCCAGUUCAGAAUGCCUGAGCAGAGAGAGGGAGGCCUGCUGCAACUACUGGGAGAUCACACUCUGCCCAAACACCAGCUUCGCAGCACCCUCCUUCCUGCACACACACUCUCACACACACAGCAAACACAGCACACCCUUACGCAACAAUUCCAACACACUCAUGCACACCAAAUCAAUCCAGACUGGAUCGCAUCUACAGCACCUUCUGCAUCUCCGGCCAAUCCUGCAGAUUCUGAGCCAGCAGGAGCUAGUAGGAGCUCUUUGCUCGAUCCAACCCAACCUUUCUCACGAACAGCGACACAAAGCCCCUCACCUCAGAGAUCCCUGACUCCAGACCUGCAGUUGCCAGUGGUUACCGAUGCCAGUAUUCUCAACCUGACCUCUUUAAGCAGGGGGAGGGGUUUGCAAGAGGUCAGUGAACAGCUCUUUGGGAACAUCAAGAGGAAGUACGGCAGGAAGGACUCCCAGAGGAUGCUCUGUAAUCCCCACAGUGCUGAUACACCUUGGGGAAGACAGCCAGAGAAAGGAUCGGAGAGCCCAAGUAAUUCAGAGGAGAGGCAGAAGUACAGGCAAGAGGAGACAGCUGAGCGGUUCCAUGAAGAAAGAGAAGAAAGGAGAAAAGAGGAAAGAGAGCGAGUAAAUGCUGGGAGGAGAGGAGAUGAAGAAGACAGAGGGAUGCCCAUGCUGACAGAGGAAGGGAAAGGAAGAAAGAGACGGAGGAGGCCUUCUUUCGACGAGUCAUUUUCUUCAGAGGAGCAAUCACAGCAACGGCAGGACUCUGACACUACAGAGAAGCACCAGCCUGGGCCCCCAGAGCCCAAAGUAGCACAUAAGAUGGACACUCACAAAAAUGAUUCUCGACUCACAAGUCAGGCAGAUGUCAGUAGAGAGAGGAUAGAGAAAGCAGAGAGAGCAGAAAAAGGCGAUAAAAGAGAAAAAGGAGAGAGGGUAGACAGGGCAGAAAGAGGAGAGACAGUUACAAGUUUGUCUGACCCAGAGUCAGCUCUGAGUGCAAACAGAAUGAGAAAGAACCCUGUGGGCCGUCCUAGGAUCAGCACAGACACCCUUAAACACAGAGAGCCUACUCACAAUCAUGUCAACAAAUCCAAUCUUAACACAAACCCCAGACUCCCUAGCCCAAACCCCAGCCCCAGCCCCAGGGGCAGCAUCAGUCCUAGUCCCAGCCCUAAACCCAGGGCUAACAUUAGCCCCGGUCCAAGUCCUAGACCCAGGGUGGCCAUGAGUCCUAGUCCCAGCCACAGCACCAGCUCCACAGCCAGUUCCAGACCAACCAAGGCCAAGGACAGAUGGUCCUACCUGAAAGCUAAAAGCCAUGCCAGCCUCACAUCACCGCAGAGAGACAACCGGGGUAGCCCCUCGACCUUAGCUGACCCACCUUCAGCCUUCCCCAUCACCCCAUCUAGUCCCCUCUACACCAACACUGACAGUCUGACCGUCCACACACCCAUUAAGAGAAAACGAGGACGCCCCAAGAAACAGCCACUCCUAACAGUGGAGACCAUCCAUGAGGGCACCUCCACCUCACCUCCAAGCCCACUGGCACAGGAAACCUCUGCAGGGCUAAACCGUAGGAGAAAGACACAUACACUAAACACAUUAGUGCAAAUGGCCUCCACGACAACCAACGCCAAUUCUAGCAGUCUGAAACUAAAGCGUGGCAGGGGCCAUCCCAGGUCAGUGAAUAAGAUGAAGCUUGGGAAAAUGCAGAGCAUCCUAAAUGAGAUCCUAUCAGGUUCCAGUCAGAACGGCACUCUGGCUCUGAAGUCCUCUUCUGCCCCCGUUACCUCAGCUAUGAGCGCCAUGGCGUCUACCAUUGAGGCUCGGCUGGGGAAACAGAUAAAUGUCAGCAAGAGAGGAACCAUCUACAUUGGUAAGAAGAGAGGGCGUAAACCCAGGGCAGAGACCCAAGGCUCCAACCCUCCCAAAACCACUAGGGACAAGCCUCCCCUGUCUGUCUCCACAUCCAGUCUCUAUGAGAGCCCUGCAGUGCCUUACACCACCUUGUCUCCCAGCUCCAGUGCUCCAUCCAUAAGAUCCAGCCACUCUGAUGCCACGAUGCCCAGUUUGCAGCCCAUCUCAGUUCUGCCCUCUAAGCCACCAGGCAGGGGCUUCCUCUCUGGGGGAUGGAAACUAUCUCCUCCACGCCUUCUGGCUAAUUCACCUUCCCACCUGUCAGAGGGGGCAUCAGUGAAGGAGGUGACCCUGUCCCCCAUCAGUGAGUCCCACAGUGAGGAGACGAUUCCCAGUGACAGUGGGAUUGGGACAGACAACAACAGCACCUCAGAUCAAACUGAGAAAGGGCCUGCCUCUCGACGCAGGUACUCAUUUGAUCUGUGUGGGUUUGAAGCUGCAGAAGCAGCCGCUCUGGAAGCAUCCAACAGGGGCAGCAGAACACGCUGUGAACGGCAAGUAACUGCGGUUGACAACUUCCUGUCACAGCAGGAAAAGAAGCAAAAACAUCGGCGAAAGAGGAAGUGCCUACAGAGCCGGGAUCAUCUUCAUUUUCUCUCAGAACUGGAGGAGGUUGUGUUAAAGCUCCAGCAGCUACGAGUGUCUCACAGACGAUACACCUGCUUCCCCCAGCAACCAUAUCCCUCCAUUUUCCGCCUCAACUUCCAUCAUUACUACCCUGUUACCUACGACUCCUACCCCUGUGACUCCAGCUCAUACCUUCGCAGGAGUGCCGAUCUGAAGGCUAAGAGGAGACGUGGCCGUCCAGCCAAAGCCAGUGAACCAAUCACAUCAAAGCUGCCUUUUGUUCAAGGAUAUGGUUAUCCGCUGGCUGGGGGAAAUUACUAUGCAGCACCGUAUGCGAUGCCUUACGCACCUCCUCUGAGUCUGGGCUACUUUCCCCCUGCUCCCCCAUUUUACCUGCCACAUCACUCAUUAGGACCUGCACCUCCAUCUCCCUUCAUGAGGCCUGCAGUCCCCCCUCCCAAGGCUUUCCACUCCAGUGGACUCCAGCCAGGGGCCAAGCUUCGCAGUGCUAGUGGCACACUUCAGGGGCCCUCUGUAAGAGGAGAGGGCCUGGGAUCCCUGGGAAGUGGCAGUACAGGUGGUCUUGCAGGGGUUCGCCUCCAUAAGAGGAAGCACAAGCACAAACAUAAGCACAAGGAUGAACCCCUCCUUUCACUGCGAGACCGGCAGGAGUUGGGUGGGCUCUUCAGUGGAGCUAAGGCCAAUGCACGUCUAAGCACGCUGAGUGACAGGAGGGACUUGGCCAGUCAGGGCUCUUCAAAGCAUCUGGAGAAGCAGAGGGGCAAUGGUAGAGGCUCAAGCCUGGGAUCCAGCUUAGGGAUGUUUGAGUCGGACCAGCUGUCCACACACUCUCUUGCUGACAGCCAGUUCCACUCCCGUCAGACUCGACAGCCAAUAAACAGCUUCAUGAGCAGCUACAGUAGCCAAUCGCAGCGGUCGGAGCCAGCUUCUGACCUGUUUUUGGGGUCACGGGAGGACGAGUGUGGUGGGAGGAGCAGGAAGGCGAGGCUCACUGUGUUUGGAGAUCAGGGCUUAAUGUCAUUCCAAACUGCCAGACAGGAGCCAGGACAGAUGAACAAGUGCUCAAGUCCCUCCCUUACUGGUGUUCCCAGUAAGCGGAGGUAUAAACGACGCGAGGUGGAACAGAUCCAAAAGGACGUGAGGAGGAUGCAUUCUUUGAACUUUGAGCAUGUGCAGAAGAUCCUCCGUGCCAAGCGCCUGCAGCGACAAGCCAAAACAGGAAACAAUGUCAUUAAAAGACGGCCUGGACGGCCCCGAAAACAACCCAUAGAGGAAUCAGAGCCGACCAACAGCAGGGAGGAAAAUCGGGCUGAUGGUCGGGGUUUGGACAUGUUGGCCAGUAGGAAAGGUGAUGGGAGGACUCUUGGGAUGCCUGUCCUGGAGAGGUGUGAUGACCUGCCAGGUAGACAGAGCCUCAGGCCAAGCUUGACCCCCGAUCCUCUGGAGUUCUCAAAUCACGAUUCCAUCUCAGCAACAAUUGAGACUGUGGUGCAUCAAGCGCGGUCUGUGCCUCCACUGGCCAAAGGGGGGAAACGCAGAGGCAGGGGCCACAACAGGGACGAGUUAUGGGCUCCUUCCAGUCAAUAGACCUGCAGAAGAGAGCAACUCCGUAACCGAACGGAGAGCAGUUACUGGAGUCAGUGCUGUUUCAAGCCUGUCAGAUGCAGCACCCUUAAUUCUGGGACUCCUUGGUGCACUUUGACUUGUUUCUCCUCUCUGAGGACUACAGUGGGUCAGUGGGAGAGCAAGAGGAGGGAACGCUUAGGUGUUAUCCUUCUCUUUGCCAAACCCAACCAGACAUGAGCCUUUCAAGGAUUCAGUGGACCUUCAUUUACAAUGGCACUAUAUGGUACUAUUUGAUACUGAAUCUGAUGCUAUAAAAGUGUGUGGUACUUAUGAUAGUGUAGGAUAUUAUGUGAUUCUUUAUGUAUCUGAUACAGUGAUGUGUAUGGUACUUUAUGAUACUGUAUCUGAAUGUGGCUUUAGCCAUAUAUUUACCAGCAAGGGGAGGGGGAAUGGUUAAUAUUAAACUGUGCAGCUCUGCUUAUUUUUGCCUUUCUGAGGAAGCUUGUCAAAGACAUGGGGUGAUACGGCAGUUAUUAAGCCACCUUACCCUAUUACAUAUCCCUGUUCCUUGCUCCCACCCUCAUUUGUAUCUUCCUUGUUUUCUUGUUCUCUCUGAGGAGUAAUGAUACUUGCUGGCAGCUCCUAAUCCCUGGUCCCCCUCCCUGCUCAACACUCACCCCAAUUCUCUAGCCCUCCCUGGUGCCUGCCGCUCAACUUCAUCUCCCUUUGUCCUCUCAUCUACUUCCAAUCAUGUUUUACAUCUCCUAUUGCUUGUGCUCCGUCAGCCUACCCCCAGUUUCAUUUAUUUCUCCUUCCCUGCUCAGGCCUGUCCUGAGCAGUGACUUAAAGGCAAUAUGGUGGAAGAGUGUCCUAGACUGUACAUAGAAACAAAGUCCACUGUUUCUGCCUUGUUCAAUGAGAAACCAGCUCAUUAACAUCUACUGGCAUACAGUAUAUCAAAUAGAAUUGUUAUACCAUAGACAAUGAAAGUUAUUGUAUUGUUUUAUAACCAAAAACAGACAUGGGUUCGACUCAAGACAAGUUUGUUUUCAGAUGGAAAGAAACACAUAUAUUCAUUCAUACACUCAUUAUUGUGUUUAUAUCCAGGGGCAUUGCAUACAGGAGGAAUAUCAGGUGUGUUUUUGGUAAACCUUAAAAUUGGUUUAAUGCACUAUGAAAACCAUACACUUGCAUCAAUCAAAUGCAGCACUUAACAUGCUUGUUCCAGCCUUAUGUUUUGGCCUUUGAUGGUGUGGAUAUCCAUUCCAGAAAGCAUGCAUUAUUUUAAUCAAUUUGUAUAUGCAGGCUGCGCGGCCAAAAGCGUCAAACCGAAGCCCAAGUCUGAAUCAUGAUCAGACACUUCAGCUGAAGAGGGUUCACAGUCAGUGUUUUGAAAAGCUAAUCCCAGUGUUUCUACUUACCAUGAUUAAAAAAAAGUAAAUCCAGUAUUUAGAUUUAGAAACCAAAGUCUCAGUAUUCAGUGUAAGGAUGUAUAAUUUAAAAGAAUCUAAAUCAGAGUUUAACAAACUCUCCACCAUGUUGGCACCAAUGUAAAGCAUUCCCAUGUGCACUCUAGAAUGUAGCCAUCUUGGAUUUUAUGUGUCAAUGUGUUAAGCCUUUGUUAAACUCUAUCUACAGUAUAUGUGGCUUUGGGUAGUGGUCGGUAAUUUCUCAAAUAAGUAUUUCAGAAUAUAAGCAAUGGAUCAGUAUUUCUUUGGCAACUUUGUUCAAGUUUUGUUUCAGGAGAUUCUGUCUUCUUUGGGUUGGGUGGGAUUCUCAGUUGCAGCAGUUCAACUUGUGCCUUAUGUUUCUUUCUCUCACCAAUUACAUUUGACCUGAGAAAUAUCAAGUGGCAAAGAGAGCCCAAUAAAUUUACCCAAAAUAGUCAUGAUUGUGCAUAUAAUGCAUGUGUCUCAGUCAUCAGAACCCUGACACUGCCUGUGUCCCUUCACAGCUUCCAUAGUCAGCAUCCUCUGUCACCGAGCAUAAGUCUGUCUCCUAGCUUCCUCCUAGUUUUCUGACCCAUAUCAUCAUAACAGAACUAGAAGGGCUGGACUGAUGAUUAUAAUAAUAUGAUAUUAAUGUAUUAAAUACACAUCUUGUACUUGCCUACGUACUGCUUUACAGCAUGGGUGGGAACCGAAAGGUCCACUUUAACAGAUGUGUUUCUAUUCAGAGAUAUUGAUUGUGCUCAAUGUUCUAGAUAUAAGCGAAAGAUCAUUUACUUUGCCCGGUAUUUAACCAGUUAUUUACAACAUAUGAUGUAGGUUAUGUACUUGGCAAAGCAGGAACAGAGGAGGUUGUCAUGGAAACCACGUUCUCGUAUAUAGUUGUUUGCUAUGCAUCAGGCCAUGCCUGGCAAUGACCUUAAAAGGAAUUUCUGUUCUGUGUCCACCCUUCGACAAAGAGAAACAAGUGGUCUUAUUUACUGAAUAAAAUGAAUUCAUGUAACCAGAAUUGUGAAUAAUACCAGUAAUAAUUUGUAAUAAGUUGUGCAGAAAGUGACUAUCAUUUCAUGAAAACUAUAGUUACUGCAGCUCUAUGCAGUACAGCCUUAACCAGAUGUAAACUACAGUAUUGAAGUGUUUGUUGUAAAUAGUGUUAGUAUGUCUAUUCUGCAUGGAUACCGGUUGGGCUCGGCUAUGCUGGGACUAUCUGCUAAAACCACAGUAGACCUUCUCUCUCUAUUAAGACUGCUCAAGACCCAAGAAAAUAUGCAGAAGUUACCACCCUAAUUGAUUUUACUAUUUGACAAAUUCUGCUGUACAGUGACAGUCAUCGUUCCAGUCCGUUAAAACACAGAAUGCUAAAAUAAUUUGCCUUAUCAAACCUUUAAAAUUCUUGGAGGAUACAAACCCCACUGUAGUGUACUCGACCAAAAAUAGGAAUCCCUGCUGACUUGCAGCUAUUUUGCCUGCAGCCAGUUGGGGCAGUGCAGAAGAGUAAGCAAGGGGGUUGUGUGUAGGGGGAGUUCUCAGAGGAAAUAGCCAAAAAUACACUCGUCCUAACGUUAGUGUGCUUAACCUUGCUUUGCUAGAUAACAUUUGGUGGGUCUGCAGUCUGUUGUGAUGAAGAUGAGGUCUAGAUAUGUGGUCCGUGAGGUGUAGAGACUAUACGCUUGGCAGCUUACUCCUCCAUACUGUGGUCAGUCAGUGGUCUCUGAUGUAAGAGUUAAAGACCCCAGGUGUUGUCUGUCCUGUCUGUCUCUCCUACCAGCCAAUGCUCCGGUGCCUUCUAACACUGACAAGUAUUGUCCUAAUCCAGAGCUUUCACUCUACACAGAGACUGCAGAGGGGAUGUGGCUGUGAAUAGGGUUCAAGGUCACUGUUGUAUUGUAUUUAACAGCCAACCAGAGCCAGUGGCUACAGGAGGAUCCAAAGCACUGAUGUAAGGAUCUUAUACCUUGUCUUUGGUCCUAGAAUCAAGGGCAGUGCAGCAGUGUUUGACCUUAAAUCAGUGGUUGGGAUGUAUUUACUGUAGUCCACACUUACCAGUUCACUACAGCAAUUAGGAUGGGAUAUAAUGGCACCUAAAUUUUGAUCACCCUCCAUUCCCUUUGUAGCAUGCUACACAUGGAGUGAGGGGUCACAUGAGACAGAGCCUCAUAAAUGUACAUGUAUUCAUCCUCACAGCAUCCGUUACAGUUCUAAGCUAUAAUGUUGUUCAAAGCUGAAAUUGCAGAUGAUGCAUUGAGAAAACCAAUAAAUGUACUUCUUUAGAGCACAAAGUGAGCUCUUCUAACAGUGUGGGCAUAUUUUAGUUUGUAUACAUAGUGUAUUUGAACCUUUUUCUAGAGUGGGUUUCCUUUAUUUGCAUGCUCAACUUGAUUGUAUGCAUAAAUAUUUUAGAAAAGCCGAAAGAUGAAUUUCAAUUGAAUUUGGAGCAAGACUUGUACAUUGUUUGAUAUUUUUCUUUUUGUAAUGAAUUUUUUAAUUCAUGAAGCAUUUUUGUACAUUGUAUGAAUAUUAAAAACUGCAAAUAUUUGACAUAUAGAGUAAAUACUAGAUGCGCAUGCAUAUGCAUAUAUCCUUCACAGUAUGUAUGUGUAAAUGUACACAUAUAUUUUGUAUUUGCAUUUGCUGGUAUACAGAUAUAUGUCUUAAGCACAUAUAUACAUGCAAUAUAUAUGUAUAUCCAUGUCCGCUGGCAUGCUUUUGGUCAUGUUUAUCUUUCAUGAUCUUGUAGGUUCAUUUUUUGUUUUUUAUUUCUCUUUCCUCAGAAAGAAAAGCUCAUUCUUUUGCUACCCUUCUGUUGGCUGGCAGUGUUGAGCACUUAUUAAGAAGAACUACAGUUGAAGUUGUUCAUGUUAUCCAUUGUGUGAAAUAAUAAAUGACUUUAUUGACAUCUGA